AGAUUGCAACAAACUCUCGGCGGCAUCAUGAUUCAAGCACACCCAGAAUUGACUCAGGCCGAGUACACGGUGCUCCUCGAUAUCCAAAACAGGAAAGCAACGCUCAAGGCUGAGAUUGAACGAAUACGCUUCGAGAUCGAAUGCGUCACGAAUGAUAUGGCCAAACUCGAAUCUUCCACUCGGGGGACCCACGGGAAUGGCGGACAGGAUGGCGAAUCGCAAACAAGACUUAGGUUGAAGACGCAAGGCAGGAAAAUGUUCAAUCUCGAUCCGAAAAAAGGCAUCAAACAUUUGAUAGAUACCGGGCUUGUUGAGAAGACGCCGGAAGCGGUUGCUGAUUUCCUGUUCAAUGGCGAAGGUCUCUCCAAAAAAUCUAUUGGAGAUUAUCUCGGCGAGAAAGAAGAGUUCAACGAAGCAGUUCUUCACGCAUUCAUAAACCUGCAUGAAUUCAAAAAUUUGAUCCUCGUUCAAGCCUUGCGGCGCUUUUUAUUCACUUUCCGUUUGCCUGGGGAAUCCCAGAAAAUUGACAGAAUGAUGCAAGAGUUCGCCAAUCACUACUGUGACCAGAACCCGGGUGUUUUCGAAGCUCCAGAUCAGUGUUACAUUUUAUCAUUCGCGGUGAUCAUGUUGAAUACGAUGCUUCACAACCCUUCAAUCAAAGACAAACCGAGUAUCGACGAUUUCGUCAAAAUGGUCUCAGACUCGCCGUACGCGUACGAUAGGAACAUGCUGGCGCCAAUCUUCGAGAACAUCCGCGCGGAGCCAUUCAAAAUCCCGGAGGACGACGGCAACGAUUUGAUGCACACUUUCUUCAACCCAGAUAGAGAGGGAUGGUUAUGGAAACAGGGAGGACGAGUGAAGUCUUGGAAGCGAAGAUGGUUCAUCCUGUCCGAUAAGUGUCUCUACUAUUUCGAGUACACCACUGAUAGAGAGCCUCGAGGCAUCAUACCCCUCGAGAACGUGUCUGUCAGAGAUGCGACGGACCGAAGUAAUCGACAGCAUUGCUUUGAACUCUUUGCCGUCGGCGGGAGCUGCAUAAAAGCUUGCAAAACCGACUCCGAUGGUAAAGUCGUCGAAGGGAAACACAGUAUAUAUAGAAUGUCUGCGUCCACCGCUGAAGAGAAGGACGAGUGGAUGCGCUGCAUCGAAAGGUCCACAAUGCAACAUCCCUUUUAUAACAUGCUCGCCAGGAAGAAGAAAUUACAGGACAGUCAGGGCCACAAUCACAGGAAUCAAGCACAGUAGGAAGUUUCGGCCAUCCUAGAAGCGAUCUCGGCGACUUUGUCGAAUCACGGAGCGUUCUGAUCUUGCCGAGAGUGGUCCCUGAUGCUCAUCGCUGAGCUGAUUGCACGAAUCUGCCGGAAGAAUCUGUCAGAGCGGCGGCUUCGGAGAGUCACCAUAAGCUGGCGGUGAAUGUCUUGUCUAUAUUCCGAUGGUGUAAGAAUCUGCUGUGUAGAAUCCUGAGGAUUUGGGGUCCGGUGAGGGUCAGUCUAUCCUCGAAGUCUUCAGAGAAAACGAUUAUAAAUCAGCACGAUUGGGGAGGGCCAGGGCAGCUUUUGAAUGAAGCGGAAAGUUGUGUGGAACGCGGAGUACCAAAUCCUGGCGCUUCGACAAAGAUGGACGAGAGCCAAGAAUCGAUUUUUGUCACCCGCUGUGAUUUAAGGGGUAGAAUGGGACUCUAUCCCAAAGUGUAAAAAAUGCGGUCAGAGAUAUGAGCCUCUUCGGAGGCGGGAGUUUUUAUGAAAAGAAAAACACGAUAGAAUCAUAGUUAUGACUUAAUAAUAAAA